UAAAAUAAUAAUGCACGCUUAACUUUUCCCGACUUCUUUCUUCCUCAGUUCCUCCCUUCACCUCUCUCUGUGUAACUGUGUACACACAUGCAGGAAAGCCUUUCCCUAUAUAUCAUGCACACAGUAGCGCACGCACCGAGUGUGUUGUUGCGUGCUGAUCUAGCUCACGCCUCUGCGCAUUUGUAUGAGGUUUUUUGCAUUGCGGUGCCAAACUCCUUUUACAUUUCGUAAAAUUUGAGUGAUUUUUUGGAGGGGGAAUGCUGGUGCUGGAGGCUUUGAUCGAGUUUCUGCUGCCGUCAUGGUCGGAGGUGCAAGUCUCCGUGGCGGCGGCGGCGCUGGUGUUGGCGGCGUACUGGUUCUUAACCGUCACCGCUGGUGCGGAUGAGCGGACUCUCGUGGAUGGUUCCGCGAGCGUGGCGAAUGUGAAUGAUGGCAGAGAAGUGGUGGAUCAGUAUAAAAGAGAUCUUCAGAGAAAUUUAGUGUAUUUAAUUAAGGUGGAGCUCUUAGCAGCUAAGAAUCUUAUUGGGGUGAACCUGAAUAGCACAUCAGAUCCUUAUGCAAUUAUCUCUUGUGGUGCAGAAAAGCGCUUAAGUUCUAUGGUAUCUGGCUCAAGAAAUCCUAUUUGGAGGGAGGGGUUCAAUUUUGUAGUGGACGAGCUCCCUGUUGAGAUUAAAGUGACAGUUUAUGGUUGGGAUAUAAUUCGAAGAAGUACAGUUCUUGGUUCUGUGAAUAUUUCUGUUGAACAAGAAGGUCAAACUGGUGCGAUGUGGUAUGCAUUGGAUACUGCAUCGGGACAGGUAUGUCUUCACAUUAAGACCAUCCAACUUCAGAUGGACUCUUCCAGGGAGUUUGAUAAAAAAACAUUCACAGAAGAAACAGCAAUAAGUUGGAGAGAAAGUGAGCAAGGCAUUGCAGGGAUAAAGAGAGUAGGAGUAAUGUUGCAGAUGUCAGCUUCGAAGAGGUCAACACCUGACGGAACAAACAUAUCAAGGGGUAUGAAUGGCUGUCCAGAUGCUAAUGUUCAAAGAAAGGGUUUGAGUAAAGAACCUAUGGUUCCUUAUCAGAAACAUGGACCACUACAAACAAUAUUUAGUCUCCUCUCAGAUGAAGUGGUUGUACAUAGCUAUUCAUGCUCUCUUGAGAUAUCAUUCUUGUAUCAUGGCCGAAUGUAUGUAUCAGCAAGACAUAUCUGCUUCCACUCUAAUGUUUUCUCGAAGCAAAUAAAGGUAAUUAUACCUUUCGGAGACAUAAAAGAGAUAAGAAAGAGCCAGCACGCACUGAUCAAUCCUUCUAUCACAAUAAUUCUUCGAGAGGGUACUGGAGGCCAUGGUCUGCCUCCUUUAGGAAAUGCCGAUGGCAUAAUCAGAUACAAAUUUGCAUCUUUCUGGAAUAGGAAUACUGCAUUGAGAGCUAUACAACAUAUAGCUAAGAACUAUCAUGCCAUGUUAGAAGCUGAAAACAAGGAGAGGCAACAGUCAGCGUUGCUUGCUGAAAUAAAGGAGGAGGCAGCAUUGCUUGGUUUUGUAAAAGAGGAGAAGCAGUCAGCAGUGAAUACCUGUAACUGUGGUGUUAAAGGCAGUGAAAGAGAAUCUAAGACUUCUGAGGAGAUUGUGACAAAGCCUGAAAAGUUUCAACCAUUCAUCAAAGAGGAAGUGCUUACUAGUAUAUUCAAUGAUAUUUUUCCGUGCACAGUGGAGCAAUUUUUCAAAUUUGUUUUAGAUGAUGAUUCAACUUUCACAAGUGAAUACCAUGCUGCCCGCAAGGAUUCUAAUCUGAAAGUGAGUCCGUGGUGUGCCUCUGAUGAACACAAUGGUCAAGUCAGAGAAGUUACAUAUAGGCAAGUAUGUAACUUUCCGUUAUGUCCUCCAGACAUACCAGUAACAGAGUUGCAACAUGUAGUUCUAUCUGCAGAUAAAAAAACAAUGGUGUUUGAGACUGUACAACAGACAGAAGGCGUCCCCUUUGCUUCAUAUUUCGAGGGCCACUGUCGGUGGUCAGUAGAGGCAAACUCGGAGUCCUUGUGCACCGUGGAUAUCAGAUUUGGUGCAUUUUUCAAGAAAUGGUGUCUGCUGCAAUCGAAAAUCAAGACAGCCGCUGUCGAUGAUAAUAAGAAAGUGUACAAGAUAAUGUUAGAAUCUGCUCGUGCACACAUUAAGCCAAGGAUCUCCAAUAGCGACGACACCAGGAACACAUGUUCUUCUUCCGUUGGCGUCCAAGCACGCGACUAAAUCUGCUGAUGGGAUUGCGAUGCCGAUGUCAGUCAGGUUUCCUCAAACAGCCUAAAGCCAAUUUCAAGCCCCAAAAUACCGUUCCUGUAAAUUUUAGUAUGAUGCAUCUUGUAAAGAGCAUAUGUAAUAAUGUUAGGAAUUCACAUUUCGAAAUUAGCAGUAAGUUUAUUACAGUGCCGGACUUGGUCUAAUGAUGGCAUUAGCCAGCCUGCAAAUUUAUUUUAUGCAUAUGUUGUCUGGUGGAACUACUGUGCACUACUUUUAUAUAUAUGUGAAAUCUCGUUAAA